AUGGAUGGACACAUGCAAUGCCAGAAGAGGCAAGCACUGGCGGCACAGAGGCGGCGCCUUGAGUUCUCUGUACAAGAAGAAAGGCAAGAACCACCAUGGCGGCAGCAGCAGCUACCACCACGGCAAUGCUGGAAAACCGAAGUACAAGGCUUUGUCACCACCGCCUCCCCCGCCACUAGGAGAGGGCAAGGCUCUCCGAAGAAAGGUUAUGGCAAGAAGCCCUCCUCUGUCUUCAAUGUACUAGACUUUGGGGCCAAGGGCAAUGGAGCUAGUGAUGACACAAAGCCCCUUGAUCACGAUGGCAAGAAUUUUCUCCAUGUGCUAGGGAAGAAAGAAAAACACAAAAGAAUGCAAAAAGUAAGCUGGGUCACCAUAGAGCCAGUAUAUGACGAAGGGUAUUAUGGUCAAAUCCGCUUAGCACUAAGUCACAAGGAUAGUACAACAAACUUGUUGGCAAUUGCUACAAGUAUCAAUAAUGAACAAAUCUCUGUCAUAGAAAUAUGCCGCACUAUAAAACAAAAAGAAGCUAGUAAAGGGAAGAAGCAACAGAACUUCCAGAAUGCAGGACAACAAAAUCCAACUGAGGCCCACCCAAUCGACUCCUGCAUGGGGCAAUUUGGUAAAGAUUCUAAGUUAAACAAUAAUUGCCUACUGUUCUGUACAAACUCCCCAAGUGCAUUCCAAGCUGCAUGGGCGUCUGCUUGUAAAGUAGAGGCAUCAACGAUCUUGGUCCCGCCGGGAUACAAAUUCCUGGUGGGACCCAUUUCGUUCUCCGGUCCUUAUUGCCAGCCAGACAUUGUCUUCCAGCUUGACGGCUCGAUCAUUGCCCCAACAGACUCCAAAGCUUGGGGUUCAGUCCAAGGAACAGGCACAAUUGACGGAAGAGGCUCCGUCUGGUGGCAAGAUUCACCAUAUGAUGACCCCAUAGAUGAUGAAUCAAAACUUAUAAUCCCAUUAAACCGAACAUUUAAAGAAAACUCACCAACUCCUGCACUUAGAUUCUAUGGGAGUUUCAAUGCAACAGUCACAGGCAUAACAAUUCAAAACAGUCCCCAGUGCCAUCUCAAGUUUGACAACUGCUUUGGAGUUUCAGUAUUCAACAUAAAUGUCUCAUCUCCUGGUGAUAGCCCCAAUACUGACGGAAUCCACUUACAGAACUCCAAAGAUGUGAUAAUCCGCAGCAGUAAUCUUGCAUGUGGAGAUGACUGUGUUUCCAUACAAACCGGAUGCACAAAUGUAUACAUACACAAUGUGAACUGUGGACCUGGACAUGGCAUCAGCAUUGGGAGUCUAGGAAAGGAUGCCACAAAAGCCUGUGUGGCAAACAUCACUGUUCGAGAUGUCAACAUGCAUAACACAAUGAAUGGUGUAAAAAUAACAGCAGCCUCUCUAGUCACUUGGCAUUUUGGGAUCAUGCAUUACACUUUCAAGCCCAAAAAGCCCAGAAGCCACAGUCAAGUAGAAUCAAGUUUCAGGCAAGAUAAUUUCGGAAAUUCUAGAGCUUUGACAUUGGAAAACAGAAUCACAUAUGAAAAGAUAAGAGGAACUUAUACAGUGAAACCAGUACAUCUUGCCUGCAGUGACAACCUGCCAUGCGUGGAUGUCACACUAACAGACAUAGAACUGAAACCCCUACAAGAACAGUAUCACUUGUACAAUGUCUUCUGUUGGCAUACUUUUGGACAGUUGAACUCUCCCACUGUGCCACCAAUUGAUUGCUUACAUGUUGGCAAGCCAUCAAAUAAUUGGAUUCAGACUAACCGUGACACAUGGUUACAUGGGUAUUGUAUCAGCCUAAAACAUUGUCAGUAG